CCGACACGGGAGUGAUGUUGUGUCAUUUUAUAGAUUUCCAGCGAAUCCAGAAGAGCGGGGGAAGUGGAUAGCAGCUGUGAGGAGGUAAAACUGGCAGCCGUCUGCUUCAUCUCGACUCUACAGUGCUCAUUUUGUCAGAGCAGGGAGAUGUCACCACAAUGAGCAAGGACAGUAAAGGAGACAAGAGUUUCCCUGAGAGACUCAAGCGAUGGUUCAAGAUCGAGCGUGGCAAUGCCCCAGGGGUGCGGGACAUUCGCCUCACCGAGGAGCUCAAGCUGGAACUGAGCAGUGACUCGCCAGUCCUUGUGCGUCUCAAGGCCAUCCGGGAGCUGACCGAAGUCCUUGCCACCAGGAGACUUGAGGAGUAUGGCAUAGAAAAGCUGUGGACGCUAGUGCGUGACCUCCUGUCCCUGCCAUGUCCUGCUGAGCACCGCCAUACCACCCUGCAGAUGCUCACCACGCUUGCUGCUGGACAUGACCGCCUGGGGCCCAUGCGUCAUGUCUUCUAUAACUAUAUUGUGGAGAAUUACCAGCUUGAAGACACCAGACAUAUCUUCGACUUCUUUCGUGAGGUGAUAGCAGAGGGGAAGCAGCUGGAGUACAUCGAUGAAUAUGUUGGUCCAUUCCUCCUUGACUGGCUGCCUGGCCUCCUCUCCUCACCUCAGGCUGCUGAUGCUCUCAACCUCAUCAUCAUUCUUGUCAAGUUCAACUCUGCCUACCUGGAUGAGCCUGUAGUAACAGGCUUUGUGAAGCAAGUAGUGAUACAGCUCCACCGCGCAAGCAAUGAGGGUGAGGCUCUACUGUGCCUGCGUGUGCUGGAUGCUGUGCUGGCGUACAGCUACCUGCCCUCCUCAGCCCUCCCCACCUUCAUCACAGCACUCACCAGGGCUGUCAAUGUACCACAGCUCACCACAGAGUCUUGGAAGAUUAUGCGUAACCUGCUCGGGACUCACUUGGGGAACAGUGGCUUGUUUGUUUUGUGUCGGCUGAUCCAGAGCAACUGUGAUGCACACAUGAUCCGCGGCGGGAUAUUCUUUGUGACAUCAGCGCUCUGGGGCAGCAACAAGGUGUCUUCCCUCCACUACAAGCCUGCUGCUGUCCUUCCUAACCUGAGAGAGGCUUCCAAGAACAACCAUGUGCUGGUGGUGUAUGAGAUCGCCCUCAGUGUGCAGAAGCUGGUCUCUAAGAUGUACAUGGAGCUCCAUUUCUCAUCGUGGGACCUUGUCCUGGACAUCCUCAACAAUCUCUUUGAACACACAGUGGCAAUGGAAAAGGACACAGAGAAGCAGACCAUCCUGGGCCUGCUCAAGGAUAUCCUGGAUGCCAUUGAGCAGCUGUUGGACUUGCAUCAGUUUGGGGGCUCUGCAGACAAGUUCUUUUCCCUUGUAGACAAAUAUUCAGAACUGCGCCCGGAGUCAUCAGUGAUGCGGUUGUUGGACCAUCUUGCCUUACGAGCAGACCCUUUGCGGCCACACUGGCUGGCCAACCUCGGCACGCUGCUCAACCAGUACUUCAGACGUGACCCUCGGCCCAACGUCAGGACAAAGGCGCUUGCUAUCCUGUCUGAGGUGUAUAAUAAAAACAGGUAUAUAUAUGGGAAGGAGAUGGUGAGGAAUGUGAUCACCAUUCAGAUGGAAGGCAUACAGAAAGAGGAGGACGUCGGGGUGCGGACGGCUGCUGUCAACCUGCUGGUGCACAUUGCCCUCACUCAGAAGUCUGAAGUGGUGCCGGACAUCCUCGUGCUCCUGGAAAAUAUUGUGAUGGUGCCGUACCUGAAGUCUGGCACUGCAGUGCAGGUGUUGCGGGAGAGUGAGGCGGCAGACAUCAUCGCCGCAGUUGCUGGCCUCAUCCGCAUUUUUAAGAAAAAACUGUGGACUCUUCCCUCAUCACAUGCCAUCCAGGCUUACGGCAUCCUGAUAUCCUGCCUCAAACACCACUACAGGAGCCAGGCGGUGCUGGACGGUGUGCCUCGUGUCCGGCAGCAGAUAUUUGAGAUGAUAUUUGAGAUGCGAGCCAACAGCAAGUACCAGCUGGGUUUCUCGAGGAUGCCUGAACGACCUGGAGAUGACGCCAAGGACUCCAUCGCUGCUCUGGUGCCCCCAUUCUCGCCUUACAUUGUGGUGGAUCACAAGCAUGGCCAGCGCCUCCACCUUGCCCAUCUUCAAAAGGAGGAGGAGGAGGAGAAGGGAGAGCAGGAAGAGGAACAUUCAGGGUUUGGCUCAGGGCUCAAGAACGACUUCUGCAGGGAGGAGAAGGAGUACGUGGUGGGGGCCGGUUGGGACGCCUCGUCCAGGCACAAAGUAGAGAUUACACACCUCUCCCUCACCCAGGCCGCCAUGAUCGUCAUUGUCGCCAUGAAGGAGGAGAAAGAUUGGGAUGUGCUGCGCAUGAUCCUGGAACGGGUGCCUCAAGUCCUCCAGAACAAGGCUCUCAUUCUCUCCAGAGAUGCGAAUGACAUUGAUUAUUUUGCUUCAACUUUGUGUGCUCUGGUCAUGGAAAAAUCCCUUGGGCUUCCGGAGUCCCUGCACAACACGCCCACCAAGUUCACUCGCUCAGAUUUCCAGAGUUACGUCUUCCCGGUGCUGGCUUCUCUGGCUUCCUACCACACGCACAUGGACCCAUUUUUCCAGCAGAAGAUCAUUAAAUGCCUUGAGCUGGGAGUUGUGAGCCGGUGUGCCGGGCCCCUCUGUGUGAGUUCCCUUACUCUGUGUGUGCUGGAGAUGAGGGACUCCAUGAUCAAGCUGCUGCGGGAGGUUAUGCUCAACCUCUCCAAGAUCACCGCCACCGUCCAGAACGCUCAGCCCAUCCUAGAGUUUAUUUCAACCUUCCUCCACCUGCCUAAAGUGUAUGCCAGCUUUGUGUCCGACCAGUACAUGUCCAUCUUUGCCAUUGCCAUCCCCUACACCAACCCGUUCAAGUUCAACCACUACAUCGUGUCGCUGGCCUACCACGUCAUUGCCAUGUGGUUCCUCAAGUGUCGCCUCCCCUUCAGACGUGCAUUUGUCCAGUUCAUAACAAAGAACCUCAGCAUCAUCCUGUCCAAUGAGGAUGCCAACACACGGCGGCGGAGUGCAAGUGCCAGCACCGGCGAGCAGGCUUUGCUCAAUGCAAGAACUAGAAUGACUCGCUCUCAGUCAUUCUCCCACAAGCGCCUAGAAGAGCUAAAGAAUGAGCCUCAGCCAUCCCUGUGUGCUGGACAGGGGAAAGGGGAGGAGAUGAUACAGUUUCACAAUGACUUGCUGGAGACCAUCGUUGACCUAAUGUCCCGCUACACCUAUGCUUCCUGCGCCCCGCUGCCAAAGAGGAGUUCUGUGGCCAAGAUGCUGAUCACUGGUGGGCAGGAGCAGACCUGGAUCCUGGGCAACAAGAUAAUAACAGUGACCACCUCAGGGUGUGGCCAGCGCCCCAUGAGGAACGGCCUGUGUGACAAGUGCAUACAGCUGUGCCGGAAGGAGAACAAUGUAGCACCGGCUGAGUCCUUGCCCCCAAGCACCGCCACGGCCAGCCGGCGCCGCCACCGCUCGGAGCUCCACCGCACCAUCUCCCACGAGGCAAAGUACAAGCCUCAGAGUAAGGAUGACCUGCACAUGAGGAGCAUCAUCCGUGACCUUGGGGACGGCAUAACCCCCAUAGACCACGACCCCACAAGUUCAUGGUCGAGUGGAGGGUUUGGGGAUGCCACAGUCAGGGAGCCGUCCAAUGAACGCCUGGCGCCCAUCGGCAGUGUUGGCUCUGGUGCUGAUGCUGCCGCUGCCACUGCUGCUGCCUCAGCUGCUGCCGCUGCUGCUGCGGCUGCUGCUGAUGAGGAGCGGCGGCCACGGUUGUGUGCCUGCUGGUGUUUGGGGUGGGCAGAAAUUCACAUCAGGCAGCCGACUGGCAAUAUGUCGUGGAUGAUGAGGAUCCAAAAUGAGCAACAGCUGCUGCCGUUAGGUAUGGAGGAGUUGCCGCUCUUUGACCUCAGCUCCCUCUUCUCCCCGACCUCCUCGUCUUCCUCCAGUCAGGGUGGCCUGGGCUCAGGGUACACGCGGCGCAGGCUGAGCGGCUUGACUCUUGAGGACCAGAAGAACGAGGAGCUCCUAAGUCAGACGUUUGAAGAGCUCAGACCACGUGCCUUCUCCGGAGCCUCGGACAAGACGCAGGAUUCGGACCCGGGAUCACAGAGGGACUUCAGUGGGUCCAGCAGCGGGGCGCCCUCCCACGCCUCCUCGGACCCCCGCAUCAACACCACCGACCUGGGAGAGGACACCAGAGAGAGUUCCCCACUCACCACCACCACCACCACCACCACCACCACAUCAGGUGACAACUUGGAAGACCCGCGUGUCCCAGUUCAGCGAUGUCACUCUAGUCCCGAGAUGAGUGAGGGUGCUGUGGUGGGUGGUGAAGAGUCUUCCCCGCCUGGCGAGUACAGACCUCCAGCGUCCCCGACCCCUGUCUCACCCCUGCCUGAAAUGUCUCCUUCCCCUCCACCCUUGGGCAGAGCUAAACUCUCACCAAGAUUUGAGUCUGUGAUGGACGGCAGCACAGGAUCCACCUCGCCACCUCCACCCGUGGGCUCCUCCAGGGUGCGCCACACCUCAGCACUCCAGAUGACUAGUGGCGGCAGCAACAGCAGCAUUUCCUCGGCAAGUGGUGGCGUUACCUGCUCAGCUGAGGGGGAGGACAGUGGCUCACCCCGACCAAUACGCAGGGACCGAGGGCACACCAUCUCCGACAUGAACCCAGCCUCCAGGAAGCUUCACCUCAAGUCUGCUGCAGCUGUUAAGAAAAUGAACUCCAUGAAGGACAUAAAGGCGGGGAUCUCACCUUGUUUUGUGUUCCUGCAACUGUACUACCUGGGCAAGCUUGGGAGCAAUACUGAGAAGCCAGUUCUGCUCCCCACACACCUGCCGGAGAUGCAGCGAGCCAUGCGUGUGCUUGACCUCAUCCGGCCGCAGGAGACACACAAGAUUGGGGUGUUGUACGUUGGCAAGGGGCAGCGCACUGAGCAGGAAAUACUGAAAAAUUCCUUUGGCUCCUUGCGAUACAUGCUCUUCCUGCAGGGCCUUGGAACUGUGCUGGAGCUGAGCUCAGUGCCUGAGGAUGAGGUUUUCUUGGGUGGCCUGGACACUAAAGGCAGUGAUGGGAAGCUUGUUUGUAUCUGGCAUGAUGAUGUUAUGCAGGUUGUGUUUCAUGUGGCCACCAUGAUGCCCACCAAAGAGUCCGAUCCAAAUUGUAACAGCAAGAAACGGCACAUUGGCAACAACUAUGUCACCAUUGUUUACAACGAAAGUGGCCAGCCCUACAGCAUCAAUACCAUAAAGGGUCAGUUCAACCACACCACAGUGGAGAUCGUGCCGGGUGAUCACUCCACCAACAGUGUUGGGGUACUGUGUCGGCCAGAGCUGACAGACUUUGUGGGUGGUGGUGGCAGUCCUCGACUUGUAUCUGAUACCAAUCUGCCCAUCCUUGUACGGCAGAUUGCCCUUCAUGCUGAUCUGGCAUCAACCAUCUGGGAGUCACUGAAUCGGCCACCACACAGUCCCUAUGCCAGUAACUGGUUGGAACGGCUCCGGAAGAUUAGGAAGAUCCGACAAAUGGUGACUGAGCCGGAUGGGACGCAAGCCAACAUCAUGGAUUUCACGGACAUGGUGGACGCAGACAAGUGGGACAAGGCUCGGGGUGGCGGUUCAGGGUACUGGCAGCAGUUCCUUGCCUGAGUGCUGUGAACGGGGCCGUGUUUGGUGCAGCUGAAGCCACCUCAAGCCUUGUACAAUUGGAAUUUAUUUGGCACCUAUGGAUCUAUGGUUUUCAGAUUUUAUUUUGAGAUUAACGUCACACAAGAUAGUGACAACUUACACUGAAGAAUCUAUUUUAUUCAUAUUUAUCAUUGCUCAAUGAUAUAUAUUAAUGUAUAUUUUUUGCUUAAGUGAUUUUAUUUUUCUGUACCUCAGAUUUGAUUUGGAACCCCAAGUGAUAUAUAUUUAGGAAUUGUAUCUGGAUACCCAAAGUGUUUAUAAACAUGUUUUCUAGUGAGACUCCAGAUCACUUGUUGGACCUCAUCUUCAGCUACCAGUGCACACAGUUUCAGGCAUUUGUUCCAUACUUUGGGGAUUCCCAACUUUGUAUGGUUUGUGUUUGUAUGUGCAUGGAUCUGUUUGUGUGAAUGCAAAAGUUUGUAUGCAUGUGAAGUGCUGUUCUUAUUCAAUACAUGUAAAAACAAUA